GAAGAAAAAGGCGGAAGUUAGCCAGACGGCAAAUCGUCUGCUUGACUGGGUUUAUUAUAGCUUAAAAAAAACAUUGAAAAUGUUGAAAGACUUGGUGAAGGAGAGACUAAUGGCGGCUGCUGAUGAAAUAUUCGCGAUGUUUGAAAGAACGAUAGCGUCCUACGAGGAGGAACUUUGUCGAACGAGAGAAGAAAAGGAGCGACAUCGACAGCAACUGGAAGCAGUUAGCAAGACUCGAAUUGUGUCACACGUUGAAGAAAGCCAGCUGCUGAUUGGUCAUCAAGAAGAACGCAGCCCUCAGCCGCAGGGGAGAGGCUCCACUUUGGAGUUGGAGGGUCCACGCCCCCCCCAUGUUAAAGAGGAACAAGAGGACCUCUGGAUCACUCAGGAGGGAGAGCGUCUUCUCGGGCUGGAGGAGGCUGAUCUGACUGUUGUCUCUGUGAAGACCGAAGACCGUGAAGCAGACAACCUCUUAGCUCCACUAGCCGACGCUCCCAAGGCCGAAGACAUGGACGAUACCCGAAAACCUCUAAGCAGCGAUACGGACUGUGGCGGCGAUGCGAGGACUCCCACUGACAACAAACACUCCGAAAAGAAGACAGAGAAAGAAUAUUUGACCUGCUCUGUUUGUGCUAAAAGAUUUACUCAAAAGGGGGAUUUGACUCGACAUAGGAGAACGCACACUGGAGAAAAACCCUUUCGGUGCUCAGUUUGUGGUGAAGGAUUCUCUCAAAAGGCACACAUGCUAUCGCACAUGAGAACGCACACCGGAGAAAAACCGUUUAGGUGCUCAGUUUGUGGGGCGCGAUUCACUCAAAAGGUAAAUAUGGUGUCUCACAUGAGAACGCACACAGGAGAAAGACCUUACUCAUGCUCAGUUUGCGGUGAUACGUUCGCUCAGAGGUGCAAUUUGAACCGGCACAUGAGAACGCAUGUCGAGGAGAAACCUUUAAGUUGUCCAAUUUGUGAUAAAAAGUUUGCUGACAAGCAAGUUUUGGUAUCUCACGUGAGAACACACACUGGAGAAAAACCUUUCGGUUGCUCGGUUUGUGGCAAAAGAUUCUCUCGGAAGAUACUCAUGGUAUCACACAUGCAGACGCACACAGGAGAAAAACCUUUUAUUUGCUCAGUAUGCGGGGCGAGGUUCACUCAGAAGGUUAACAUGGUCUCACACAUGAGAACGCACACCGGGGAAAAACCUUUCCGUUGCUCAGUUUGCGGCGAUGCAUUUUCUCAGACGUCCACUUUAAACAGUCACAUGAGAACACACACGGGAGAAAAGCCAUUCCGUUGCUCCGUUUGCGGCCAUACAUCGACUUCCAGGUGUAACUUGAAUGCGCACAUGAGAACGCACACGGGAGAAAAGCCUUUCGCUUGCUCGGUUUGCGGUGGAAAAUUUGCACACAAGGUCUCGCUGAAUGUCCACAUGCAGACGCACACGGGAGAAAAACCCUUCAGCUGCUCAGUCUGUGAUAAGAGAUUUUCCGACAGAACUAAUAUGUUGUCGCACAUGAGGACGCACACGGGAGAAAGACCUUUUAGUUGCUCGGUUUGUGGCGAGGGUUUUUCUUUUAAAUCCUCGUUGAACAGGCACACGCAGAGUCACUGAUGGACCCCCCCGAUUUCCUCGCAGGCGGCGUGGGGGUCACACUAGAAAUUGACAGAUCAUUCUGCAAUAAUCCAACUGUUUGUGUUUUGUUUAUGACUGGCAAUAUUUCAAUUGUACGACAUUUGAUCUCCAUAUGCUAUUUUGUUUUGGUUUGUGAUUGAAUUGAACAG